AUGGAUCUGGCCGCAGAUUCUCUCCUUGCCCUUUCUAAUGCCACCACGAACAUUGCCGCCAAAGAAGAACCACUCUCGGACGAUGAUCGGUCGAGCAGCCUUAGCGAGCUUGAGGAAGACCUCGAAGAUGGUGAAGACGAAGAAGUAGAUCCAACACAACUGGGGGACGCUGAUUCUGAGGCUGAAACUGAGCGACUGCAAGUCACGCCAGAGAAUCUCUCUAGGAAGAAGCCUUUUGAGAGCAGUCCCAGCAAGCUUGCCCAAAGACAAGAUGUAGACAUGCGGCCUGAAAUCGAGAGCUUGACGGAAAGCCUGGUCUCGUCUCCUAUAUCCUCCCACCCCGACUCGGACAAUGACGAUCCCUUGAGCGACGGUCCGGACGCAGAUGAAGAACUGCCAGUUGAGGCUGUGCCUGCUGGCACGAUGUCCCCCAACAAGCGUAAACGAGAAGAGAGCGCAUCAGACCUUGAGGAGGCACCCAGAUCACGAAGACGACGACGGCCAGGCUCACCCGAGUCUGACGAGGAUAAAUCAGAACUAGACAGUGACGGUGAUGAAGCUCCUGCUCCUCAGACUCGGAAACUCAACGUUGAACCCGAAGUUAAAGUCGCUGAACAGGGUACACACGCCCCAGAAGUCGCUGAAGAAGAACAGAAAGAAGUUGAGAAAACUGAUACUAGCGAAGACUCCAAGGGCAAAAGCAGAAGUCGGUUAAGGAGAAAAACGAAAGAACCUAUGAUACCAGAGCCGCAGCCAGAAGACGGUGAAGACGCCGAAGCGGCCGAAGACUCAGAGCCCGGCGACGCGGAUGAGAAUGAUGCCGAGGCGACCCUGAAAAGCGAAGAAGAGCAAGCCAGACGCAUGGCGGCCAUGGACUCGCUGAUGGCCAUUGAGAAGCAGUUUGCAACACUAAGGGACCGCCUCUAUGACGAACGCAUAGCGGCAAUCAACCAUGAGCUACAGCUACUGCAAGAACCAAAGCCAGCUCAUCCUGAGCUGAUACGUCAGGUCGAAGCAGUGCAGAGAUACCGCGACGAAAAGUUCCAAAUCGAGCAAAAGCUGCUCGUUUACAAGGUCGGAGCCUUGAAGAACAAGGCCGUUGCGGAACGGAGUCAGAUUCACAGCCAAUACUUCCAGACCGUAAGAGACAUCAGAGAGCGACACCUUGAACGGAUCAGCGAGCACUUUUACCGGAUUCAGCGUGAUAGAUUUAAAGCGGAUUCCUCGAUACCCAGUUUCAGCAUCCCAUUCCCGGAGAAGAGAUCACAGCAAAUUCUCCAGCAGACGGCUUACAAUAAGGAAGUCUCGAUUUUGUCGGGCGUAGCUAAAUACGUGGGCUUCCCUGCUGCGCCAGAAUUGGAGGCAUCCAGGCAGAAAGAUAUUGAAGACGACAUCCAGAAGAUGGGGAUCUCACCUGCACAAAUUCGACCUGCCAGAACCAUUCAGCGCCCAGCAGUGCAAUCACAGAUGUCCGGGCCACAAGCCGAAGAGCAGUUCCUGGAACAGACUCCCUGGGCUAACCCUCAACAUCCUAUUCACCGUCUGAGCCGGCAGAACUCCAACCGCUCACCAAUGAACGAAUUUCUCACGCCAGCGAAUCAACAACGGAAUAUGCCGGACAACCUCCAGCCCCCAGGAGGAUCGGCCUCUACCAUCGCCGACCCUUCAGCGUCGGCCCAAGCGUCCUCAGCCAUCAACACCCCCCAUGAUGGACAGAACAGCACCUCUAAGACGGAGGUCCAAGCAGGACCGUCUGCACUACAUAACUUCCGCAUCCACUCUGCGAGCCCCCUCGAUAUGAGGCGGCAUCCCGAGUCAAAUGAUCAGCCAGGGAAGGACAAGGACAUGAUGAGCGCUGGACGUGACACGGGCUCUUCACCUCUAACCUCGCGAGCAUACUUUAAUGCAACGGCGCCGAGACCACCUGCUAUCACGGCUGGGACGGGAAGAUUUAGUGUUCGUUGA